UCCACCAUCCAGUGGAACAAUGAUCACCAUUUGCCACUCUCCCCUCCAAAGAUGCCCACCACAACCAGAUUUUCCUCUCAAAAUUCCUAAGAAACGAUCCUUUCCUCUCUCUCGAAUUUUCCAAAAACGAUCAUCCCAAGGACCUGGGUAAAAUUUUUUUUGGCGGGUAUUGAGUCGCCCCUCGACGACAGCGCCAACGAUUCACGUGCAAUUGUUACGUCCCUGUGUAUUACAUUCGCGUAGUCAACACAACGGCAUCGCAACGAACAAGCUAGAUGGCAAUAAUAAAUAAAUAAAAACAGUGUAAAAAAAAAGUAGAAAAUCAACAAAUGGCCGUAGUAAACUUCGAAAAAAGUGUUCCAACAUAAAGUGCUGUGUGAUAAUGCUCUUGUCAUCGAUGAAUCGAUGGAUUAAUUAUAAAAUUGAGUGGUUGGGAAUACGAAUAAGAGAAUUUGGUGCACCUCAAGCUGAUGAAAUUGGAGCAAUUGUUCAGUAUUAAAAUAGUGUUGAUUUUGUUGACAGCGGAAAAUAAUAAGCGCAUGUAAUAAUAAAUCAUUGUUCGAUUAAAAAUCGUGGGAUAUCAGUUGUAGAACGGUUAUUACAUUUGUUUCCUCGUGCCCUGGAGCAAGAUGGCCGCUCACGAUCAUAUGACGUUGAAGCGUGUAAUACUAUUGACAAAGAUGGUGAGAAGUAUGCGGUCGACAGGCCGCUACAAGUGGAACUGUCGACAACACUGACUGAAAAUUGUCUGGUGAGGGUGGCGGGUAAACAAGAAGGGGCCAGGCCAAAGGGGCCAAGCACACGGGUCACUGAUACUCGUGAUGCAUAUGAUCACUUUGAGUGGAGAAAUGAUCAUAAUUAUUCACAUAUUAUGGAUAUGCAUGCCGUUGAUAAAAAUGAUAAAACGGCAAUGCGUUGCGAUGCUUGCGAUCAAUUUGUGAAUAAUAGCAGUAGUAAUGUUAAUAAUGUCAAUGAUAUUGAGACUAUUGUUUGUACGAGUUGUGUCAACGUAACGCAGACAGUACAAUCACCGUCCAGUUCUUUGUCAUCAUCAACGGACUCACAACCACCGACCCCACCACCUAGACAGAGCUCAAAUGAGCCGUUGUCAACGAGGGAUUAUGUUUAUUUUGAUACAGUCGAUAGUGUCAAUGGACAAAACAACGAACGAACGAACUUCCCUGUUACUGGUGCAAAGAUAAACGAAGCAUCAUCAUCCCUGCGCGACGAUAAAAAUUCUCGUCGUGGCUCAUGGUCAGGCGCUUCAAGCAAGCGUAAUUGUCCAAAGAGAUCACCCUCCCUGCCCCUUCUAGUAACCCGAUGGACUUGCAUCCGCUGCUUGCAAACAAAUUGCUGCAGUGCAACUCCCAUCUGCACAGCUUGCGGUGCAAGUUCAACAAUAGCACAAACAAAUGGUAAUCUCAUAGGUGUUAGACGUGGUAAAAGAUUGAAGGCCCUGAAGCUGAGCAACAAGCAAGAGUCAAAAGUUGAUCUUGUUGCUACAGUGACAUGUGGCCUGGUGUCACGUGUACUAGACAUCGGCUGUGCUAAUAUUGGCUCAGCAGCUGUACUGGAUCGAGAUCUUGGUAUGGCACAACUGAGUGGCUUCAAUCGAGGUGACAGAGUACAAACCCAUCGUGAAGAUUGGCAGUUGGUGCAAGUUGAUACGAUGGAACCAGGUGUACUAUCAUUUGGUGAUACAUCUGAUUCAUCGCAACGUUCUCCAAAACGUCAAAGUCCCUCGGUUUAUGAGCGUGUCAAGUCUAAAGUGAGUCGGUCAUUGUCAAACGGCUCAGUUGUUCAAAAAAUCACGGGCGAUAGUCACGAUGUACAGCGACCAACGAGCCUGAUUGUCGCCGAGACACAUAACAGUACUGAUGAUACACUAUGGAGCUGUGAUAAUUGCACACUCGACAAUGCACCUGAAUUAGAGCAGUGCGAGGCAUGUGAAGCACCGAGAAGUCCAGCACCAUGUAGUGGUGUUGUUAUAAGUGUACCCUCUUGGGAGCCACGUCCACUGUCAUCAGCUGGUCCACUAUCAUACAGACGUUCAUUCUCGGAAGUCGAGAGUGUUGCUAGUUCAAUGCAAAAAAAAUCAGUCAAUCGACGGAGUUUGAAUGAUAAUGAACCACCGGCCGUACCACCUCACUCUGUUGGUUUUAAUUCUAGGCCUAAGUACUCGUACAUUGGUAUUAGUGACCCCGAUACUCCACCACCAUUGCCGAAGAAACAGAGCAGUAAAUUGGCACUAAAUGUAACACGUGCACACAGUGAAUCAACAAGUCCUGUUGAUACACCUGGUACAAGUCCUCUUAAGCGAAUGUGGACAUGUCGAAAGUGUUCAUACGCUUACAAUCCACUGUGGUCAACUGGUUGUGAUAUAUGCAGUUCAUUGAGAACACCGCCAUCAUUGCUACAGCCUAGUUUGAUAACUGUUACUAAGGACGGUGUAAGUGGACGUGGCAAAGUUCAAUCACCCAUUGUUGUGUCAAGAGAUAGUGUCAGAUAUAUCCCAAGAGCAACACUGGCUACUGCUGAGUCUGAUCUUGAUGAUCAGAUUGAAGUGCCAACACCAGCAUGGACGUGCAGAAAGUGUACAUUAUUGAAUCCAUCUACGAGAACAACUUGCGAAGCUUGUGGUGGUUCAAAGCUCCGGAGUGUUACUCAUCUGGAGGAUCCAACGCUGAGAAAGGGUGAGAGCUGGGUAUGUCCAUCGUGCACCCUGAGAAAUCCAUUGACCGCCCAGAAUUGCAAUGCUUGCAAGACAAUGGCGGACUUUCUCGAGGUGCCACGUGACAAUCGAACACCAUCAGCACAACGAAGUUCCAGCCCGAGAUUGUCUGGUGGAGUUAGCAACGUUAAAGUCACAACACCGAGACACAGUAGAAAUUCAGUGAGACGAAAUGGGCCCACGUCACUGGGUGAGAAGAGACACUCCAGGAUCAAAGAACCCGGGCAAACUCAGUGGCAGUGUAAACUUUGCACCUAUGAGAACAAAAGUACGAAUGGUACCUGUGAGAUGUGCCAAAGCUCCAAGACUCUGUCCCAAACACCUGGGGAUAGGCUGCGGCUCAGUGAGCCUGGAGCUAGUACUCUCAGAAUCCAGCGACAGGAGAGCGUUGUGAUGGAAAAUCUGAGGCACAUCGAGGAGCGGGAGGCCUUGGAGAAGUGGGAGAGAAUAGUUCGUUAUUGUAAGGAAACCAAUGAACCAUUCGUUGAUGAUUCGUUUCCUCCAGCGCCAAAAUCACUGUAUUAUAAUCCUGCUGAUACGAAAGAUAACCAUGUAGUUCAAUGGAGAAGACCACACCAGAUAAAUGUCGAUUCAAGUGUAGAUUCCACACUGCCCUGGGCGGUCUUUAGAACCCCAUUACCAUCGGACAUAUCGCAGGGGGUUUUGGGUAAUUGUUGGCUCUUGUCGGCAUUAGCUGUCUUGGCUGAGAGUGAUGAGCUUGUGAAGAGGGUCCUGGUCAUGAGAGAGACAUGUCCUGAGGGUGCUUAUCAGGUUAGAUUGUGCAAGGAUGGCAAAUGGACGACUGUUCUCGUUGAUGAUCUUUUGCCGUGCGACAAAAGGGGUCAUCUUGUCUAUUCGCAAGCAAAGAGAAAACAACUGUGGGUGCCACUCAUUGAGAAAGCUGUCGCCAAGAUCCAUGGUUGCUAUGAGGCAUUAGUCUCGGGUAGAGCUAUCGAAGGACUUGCUACGUUAACUGGCGCCCCUUGUGAAAGUGUGCCUUUACAACCCUCAGCACUACCGAGUGAAGACGAACUCGAUAAGGAUCUCAUUUGGGCACAAUUGCUUUCUUCGAGGCAAGCUAUGUUCCUGAUGGGCGCCAGUUGUGGGGGUGGAAAUAUGAAAGUUGAUGAGGAAGAGUACCAGAGGAAGGGUCUGAGACCGAGGCAUGCAUAUUCAGUUCUUGAUGUCCGUGAUGUUCAGGGAAUCAGACUCCUCAGGCUGAGGAAUCCUUGGGGCCAUUACAGCUGGAAGGGAGAUUGGUCGGAUGACAGUCCCAUAUGGACACCUCAACUGAGGGAAAUGUUGAUGCCUCAUGGCGCGUCUGAUGGAGUAUUUUGGAUAUCUUUUGAUGAUGUCCUCAAGUACUUCGACUGCAUCGACAUAUGUAAGACUAGAGUUGGAUGGAGUGAAGUCCGGCUUCGAGGCACCCUACCUCCAUUGUCGUCAUUGCGACAUCUUUCAUGCGUUCUUUUGACUGUUCUUGAACCCACGGAAACGGAAUUUACACUAUUUCAAGAGGGCCAGAGGAACUCGGAGAAGUCUCAACGAUCGCAGUUGGAUCUUUGUGUUGUUGUAUUCAGGACUAGAUCGCCAGCUGCCCCUGAGGUGGGACGACUUGUGGAGCAUAGCAAACGACAGGUUCGGGGGUUUGUUGGGUGUCACAAGAUGCUGGAGAGAGAUUUGUAUAUUGUUGUUUGUUUGGCGUUCAAUCAUUGGCACACAGGGAUGGAGGAUACCUCCAGCUAUCCUGAAUAUGUUCUUGCUAUUCAUAGUUCAAAACGAUUGCUGGUGGAACAAAUAUCACCACCGGCUUUUGUACUCGCUGAUGCUAUCAUCAGUCUGACGUUGGCGAAGGGGCAACGUCACGAGGGGAGAGAAGGCAUGACAGCCUACUAUUUGACCAAAGGAUGGGCAGGGUUAGUUGUGAUGGUUGAAAAUCGUCACGUCAAUAAAUGGAUUCACGUUAAAUGCGAUUGUCACGAGAGCUAUAAUGUUGUCUCGACAAGGGGUCAAUUGCGCACUGCCGAUAGUGUUCCACCGUUGCAUCGACAAGUAAUAAUUGUGUUGACCCAACUCGAGGGUAGCGGUGGCUUCUCCAUAGCUCAUCGCCUAACACACAGAUUAGCAAAUAGUGGUAACUUACAUGACUGGGGUCCACCAGAUACUCAGCAUUGUCCACCAAUUGAUACUCAGGUCGAGGGAUUGCACAGUCCUCGGCUGAUCACGUGAAUUACAACACGUCUGUGCAGCGAUAUUUUGAAGGACUUGAAAAAAAUAGAGAAGGAGAUAUUGAGAUAUGGGAUAAUUAAACGCUGUGAAAAUAAACUCAUCAUCUUCUUUCGUUAUUGUAAUGAAAUGAUACUGUAUGAUUCAAUGUGAUGAAAAAAAUCCAUGACAAAAAGGAUAUUUAGACGUGGAUGAAGGUGAUAGUUCAAUAAAAAUUGUCUCGUUUUUUUAAAUUAUCAGUGAAACUUGAUUAUGCCGUAAGUUAACGUAAUUGAAUUGGGGAGAAAAUAUUUGCGUUCGUUAAAAAAAACAGUUCAUGUUGAUCAGUAAUUGAGGAGAGACAAAUCUAUCAAUUUUUGCUUGAAUAUUAUAAGGAAGAAAAAAAAAGGAAAAAUUAUUUUCUCAACGUAACGUUUAAGUGUCGUAAUGAGUGAAUGUCGGGACUUCAUGAGAAAGCAUAACAAAGUUUACUGUGACGCAUAGGAAAUUAAUUUUUUUAAACGUGGACCACUUUGUUUCAAACUUCGUUAAUUUAUCGAAUUUUCCAUUGUUUUGUCAAUUAAAGUAUUAAAUAAGCAUUUUGUAUUGUGUCUCAUGAUUAAUUGUUUCUCCUAAAAUUUGUGGUUAAAUUAAUUUCAUGUAAGGUGAAUGCAUUUAAUCAGAGUGCUACGAUACCAAAGAUAUUUGCUGACAUAAUGGUAAUGAUGUUCGAUUUUUAUCCAAUUAACGAUAAUUGAACCUAGAUAUUCUUCAUUGCAUUAUGAUAUUUCAUGGGUGGUUUGAAGUUGAAUAAUAUAGAUCACUCUGAGAGUUUAUUACAACCUUCAAUUCAUCCGGGAAUCAUGUGAUCAUGAAAAUGAUAAUAAUAGUUUGGCUAAGUGUCCUGUCAUUGUCUUCAAUUAUGAGAGAAUUUUAUUAUUUUUAUUAAGUCGUCGCACUGAUUUCGUAUUAUUCUUUUAUACAAAUGCAUUCAUAGCACAAAUGAUAUUUAAUAAAGAGUAUAAUUUUGUUAUUUGAUAAUGUGAAGAUUAUAUUCGAGCGUUUAUAAGUAUUCGGUUUGUAUUUGUUUAACGCACAAAAUAAGUUGUAUUUGCAGAUCUUGGGCUUGAUUGUUCAAAUUUUUUGAUGAAGUUGUGACACUUACUGAACAAUCUACUCAUUCGCAAAAUAAAAUACGUUCGAAAAAUUCGAUGUUUAGAGUAAGAGUUAUGCAAUAACAAUUAUUUUAAUGAAUUAUUCACCUAGCAUUACGUGCAUUUUUACGAAAAAGUCAAAAGAUAUUUUUUUUUCAGCCAGGGAAACUAUGAGAAGCUCAAUCAAUAUUUUUCUCAAAACCCAAUCGUUGAGGAGAAAGAAUAGCAAUAAGUUUUGCGACUUCAUCAUUGAAUUGUUCUGAAUGGAGUAUUUCACGUCAACUAAGUGAAGUUUGCGCAUAAUUAAAAAAUGCCUUGAUAACUUUUGAAAAAUAUUCGAGGUAAACUGACUACACUGACUUGUGCUCGCUGAAUUUGGUGUUUAGUAUUGGAAUCCUGUACAGGAGUCGUAAAGAUAAAUAGAUUAAAUACGAAAUUAUCUCGACAAUGAGCAAAUCUAUGAGAAAAUGGGUGAAAAUAUUUUUCGUUGCUGAAGGAAUUCUCUGCAAGAAGUUAUCGCGACAUUUAUCUAUAAAAUUAUUUUCAUAACAAUGUGUGAGAAAAGAUUUUUCUACUAAAAAAUCUACUUUCCCGUACACUGUGAUGAAAAAUAUUGUUCGAUACUCGUGAGAGGAGCAGUUUCUGGUUCGUGGGAUUAUAUCACUCGCCUUCGACUGGUGCUAAACUUCGCACAAGCCAAAAACUUUUUCUGAAUUGGCUGCAAAAUAUACUAUUGUUAUCGAGACAAUUAAACAAUUAACAAUUAAUGACAUCCACUGCGUUUUACGACUUCAUCACUGAAUUAUACUAUGAAUGUUGAGUGAUUUGUUCAAUAUAAUCUUAAAAAUAAUUCUGCCACUGUUGUCACUUGAUUACGGUUCUUGGUUAAUUAAAUUUAACUAAUAAAAUGGAGAUGCAUCUCAAGAGGAGAAAAAUUAUGAAAAAUUGAAUUACAUGAUAUCGGUCAAUUGGUUGUGUGCUGUGAGACAUCUCGAACAAUUGCAUAGUUAAUAAUCCCUGGUAAACAAACGUCAAACUGCCAUAUUCCACGACCCGAGGCAAUGGUGCGAGUGGCGUACAGUGAUUGAAAUUUAUUCCGAUAUUCAAAAGAGAGAAAAACUUAUUUGGGAGACAAUACCUUAACAAAAAUAGAACUGUGAUGCUUUUCUGAUCGAAGGAGAGUAACUCUCGGUUCAAAUAAAACCAUUUCAUCCAUUGAGAAUGAAAAUGAACUUGAAAGAAAAAUGAACCUAUCAUCUUGAUUUCGAUCCUGUUCUAGAGAACGCGUGAGGGCACGCCUCUAUUAUUUAAAAAAAUUGUGAAGUUGUGGAAUAUCAAUUGAUACUGUGUCAUGAGAGAAAACUCUCAAUGCCGACGAAAUAUUUUUUAAUAAACCAAAAAUUUCAACUCAAUUUUGUUUUUUCGUCAACAUUUCAUUCGACGAAUGCAAUCAAUCAACUAGUGUCUAUUUCAACCGAAGGGAAAACAAAAAUUGAAGAGCAAAACUAUUCACUGCAACCAAUUAAUCACAAUAAAUAGAUAAUUAGAUGACGAUUCAUAUGUGUGUGCAUGUGAGCCACGAUUAAUCACCGAAAACUCAUUGACUGCAGGAUUAAUAUCAGAUGACAAUUGAGCUGACCAUUUGUGCCAUAAACAACCACCACCGAGAGAAGGAAAACAAAUAAAAA